CUUGGUCGCCGUCGACAAAACACCCCAGCUACCCAAAAUGGCCGAAAUACAAGCAAAGCUGCAGUCGCUGUCCGACGACUACAAAAAGCUCCAGUCGGAGCUGGACACGGCGGUCCAGGCGAGGCAAAAGCUUGAGGCUCAGCUGCAAGAGAACCUUGGCGUGCAAAAGGAAUUCGAAAAGAUGAAGGAUGGCGAGACUAUUUACAAGCUUACUGGUCCGGUACUCCUGAAGCAGGACAAGGUCGAGGCUGAUAGCACAGUCAAGGGGCGGAUCGAGUUUAUCAAGAAUGAAGUUGAGCGGCUAGAGAAGCAGAUAAGCGACGGCCAGGACAAGAUGGAAAAGAAAAAGGGAGAGAUAAUCCAGGUCCAGACCAGCGCCCAACAGCAGCAACAAGCUGUUCAGGCAUAAUAUAGGCGGUGAGCUGGAAUGCUCGUAUUUUUCUGAACCAGUAUAUCACUCCCAGUAACCUAGUUGUGAUGUGUGAUGGAGCUGCAGGGCGGCCUGAAGAACUACAAAAGAGCAAGGCCGCGAUGGUAGUAGCUUCAACGACAACCCAAAGAGUUCUCUGCAUGUGGGCGGAGAUUGGAGACGGUGAAGGGUGGCGUUAAUAGCGCAUUUAUUGGACCUAAGCGUUGGGAAGUUGGU